AUGGAAACGCUCACAGCGUGAGCAGAGAAGAGAGCAGAGCAUGGCGAACUCCUCCUCCGCACCACGCCCAUUUCCUCUCCAUCUCUCCACCAUGCCCAACUCCUCUACCCCUCCUCAAGCCGCCGCCGCCGCCACAGCAGCCGCCCCACAACCCUUCAAGUCCGCUUCGCAGGCCAACGCCCUUCGCCUUGAGAUGGUCGUCCGGCGUCUCUUGAUGCAUUUCAAGACCGGCGUCCGCCAUGAAGAGUUCUCCGAUCUAUGCUUCUUUCUCGCCAGAGGUAUUGAUUAUGCACUUUCUAAGGGUGAUGUUCCAUCAAUUGCUCCUUGUUUACCUUUACUAAUACAACAGGUGUAUGAACAAAGAAAGUGUGCUUCCCUUCAAUCAGCUAUCUUGGUGCUAAUGAUUUCUCUUAAGAAUGCUUGCCAGAAAGGAUGGUUCCAUCUUCCAGCUACUAAUGAAAUCCUGAGAAUGACAAAUGAGCUCUGUAGCAACUUUUGUACAGCUGCAAACGUAACUGCAGAUCCAGACAAAGUCUUAGGUACAAUUUCUGAGAUCAUUCCUAGGUAUUAUCCCCAACUGAAAUUAUGUCGUCUAAUUGUUUCCCUCGAAGCAAAGCCUGGAUAUGAAAUACUAUUUGAUGAUUUUCAUAUUCCAAGGAAUAUGCCUCCAGGAGAAAAGAUAGCACUGUUUGUAGCUCAAACAGAUAACUUAGAGACAUCUUCUUGCAUUAUAACCCCUCCACAAGUUAGCAUUUUGAUAAAUGGUAAAGCUGUAGACAAAAGGAACAAUGUUUCACUGGAUCAUGGACCACAGUUUCCCACAGAUAUUACUAAAUUUCUCAAGUACGGAACAAAUAUAAUCCAGGCAUUGGGAUACUUCAGUGGAAAUUAUAUCAUAGCAGUAGCUUUUAUAAGCAAGAUGGUUUCCGCUAGUCCUCCAACACUCUUAAAUUAUGUCCACCCAGUUGUUUCAACAAUUCCUUCAGAUUCUGAUAUAAUUGAGGGACCAUCAAGAAUUUCUCUUAAUUGUCCAAUAAGCUUUAGGCGUAUAAAGACCCCGGUUAAAGGAUGUCUCUGCAAACAUCAUCAGUGUUUUGAUUACGACAACUACAUGGAAAUGAACUCAAGGAAACCAUCCUGGCGUUGCCCUUGUUGUAACCAGCCAACUAGCUGCAUCGACCUACGGGUUGACCAAAAUGUGAUCAAAGUAAUGAGAUCCGUGGCAGAGGAUAUUACUGAUGUUGUCAUUUCUGCUGAUGGCUCUUGGGAAGCGGUGGCUGAUCAUAAUGGGGAUUCAGAACAACUACAGGAGGGGUCAGUUUUGGGAUUGCAGCAUGGCAUGAUAGAAUCUAGAUCCAGUGGGCAGUCUAUUAACCCAGCACAUGUUGUAGAUUUGACUAUGGAACAAAAUGGUGAUAAUGAUACUGGAGUAAUUCCUGGAGUAGUGGAAGCUUUAAAUGGUUCUGAUCAUCAGAUAUGUGACACUUUAAGCACAGAGAGGAAGCCAUUUGAGAACUAUAAAGGUUUCUCUGGUUUUGAAUUUCAUUUUGGGUCAUCAUUUGAGAACUGUACAUCUGUUAAGACCCGGGAAGCUGGCUACCCUGCAGGAAAUGAUGCCUGGUUAAGGGAUUCAUCGUCUACAGUGAAUGAGCUUAGCGCCAGUGAUGCUCUGCAAGGUAGCAAUGCACUGGGUACCUUGGAAACUCUUCUACCUAAUUGUGUCCCGAAUCCCAUUAUGUCAAAUAUUACUGGAAUUUAUCAAGAGCCUACUGUUAACCUUGGAGUCUCCCAAUCAAGUUUUUCGCUUGAGCAAGGAUCACGAGCAAGGCAGUUCACAGAGAACACACAAUUGCAGCAAUCACAGUUGGAUAAUUCUGUCUGUGGUCUUCUGGCCAGGAGGUUGUCAACAUCUAGACAUGACCACAGGGAGCCCAUAGCAGUUCUGACUGCUCCAGUUGAGAUUCAAACUUCCACUUCAUCUCAAAGACCAGGAACUAAUGUUCUCGGUUCCAGUUCAAUGUUUGGAAGCAAUCUUUCUUCAGGAUCUUAUCCAGUGGGUCCUUCAAGGUUAGCUGUUGCUGAUCCCUCAAGUUGCGACAGAGACAGUGGUUCAUCAAUGCAGCAUUUUCAUUCGACAAAACAGGUUUUUGGACUCCCAACAUCAAACUCAGUUGGUACAAGCGGAGUGACUUCGUAUAGACCUUUCUUUCCACCAUCAUUAAGCAUCCAAGAUUUCAACCCCCAGCAAAUUGUCUACCGGACAAAUCAAAUUGUCAGCAAUAGUACAAGUGCCCACCCACACAUUCCUUCUGAUCUUUCAAUGCAAUGUAGGCUAGUGAGGAACUCAGCUGGCCAAUUUUCUCCAAUGGUAGGAAGCCUGCCUGCAGGUACAGCUUAUCCACAGACGUCCCGAAUCUCACCAUCCAUCAACAUAGCUCAUAAUGGUCUCAUGAUUGCUGGCGGCAACUCAUCACACCAAAUGGUCGGGAGUCCACAUUAUUUUGAAACAUCUGAUCAUUUACCUCAACUUCCAGCUGAAACUAACUUGCAGCCAACCGGUCGGAUGAGGGGGACGCUAACAGGUUUGGCUUACUUGGCUGCCCUGAACCAUUAUUCACCUCAUCCAAUGCAGGAAGUUUUACCAAGACCAUCGGCUAAUUUGCCUGCCUUUAACAAUGAUUAUUAACCCUCAAAUAUGGAAAUUAAAUCAAAGAGUAAGCUGAAUCUGAUACUAUAGGUCAGUCUGGACCUGCAUUGCACUUUGUUCAGUUUGGCAACCUAUAUAAUCCAAAGCUUCUAUUUUCCAUUUUAGUAGUGUUUCAACCACUGUAAAUCCGAAACUCAGCUUAAGUUGUGUUGAUCUUUUGUUGCAUCCAGUGGAUGCCAUGAUUUUGUUAAAAGAUAGGAUGGUGAGCUUUACUGGAGAGUCAUCUUUACACAUGUAAAUAUGUAUGCGAAGUCAGAUAUGCUAAGGUACAGAAAUAGGCUUUUAAUUUGUCACUUCGUAUGACAUGUUUCAAGUGUUACACAAGAGUCUCAGUUUGCAGAGUUUUCUUUGUUUUAUCUGCACUGUUUUCUGCUCAAUACAACAGUAUGAAGUUUGUAAAGUAGCUGUCUAAUUUUACAUUUUAAUUUGAUGACAUGAAGUAUUACUGUUUUGCA